AUGGCAGCUCCAUCUCAGCUGGAAGAGCCACUGAAGGCAAAAACAUCUUAUUACAAAGAGUUUCAAGAAGACAGCUGUCACUCUGAGCGCGAAAAGCAAAAGGAACACCUAAAUCAAGAAAACUCGUCUCCACUGACCCCACCAGACGGCGUUUCUAGCGUGAUCUCACCAGCUUUACCCAAAGGAUUCACAGAAGCGGAUAAUAGCGAUGACAGAGAACAUGAUGACUACAACGGAUGUGAUCUUUCUUACGGAGAGGACACUGAUGGAAACUCCUUCAGUAACGAAUCUAACGAAAUCAAAGAUGAAGAUGAGCACUCAGAUCCAUUGGUUCAGUUGCAGAAUGUACUAGAGAAGAACGUCUUGCUUGGCUCGAAACUCGACUUCUCUACAGUCAGCUAUACACCAACCAAUAGUUCAACUCCUGUCAAUGGCAGCGAAGGUGGGACUCCCUCCGAUCCUUUAUCCUCCUUACGUAAAGAUGGAGUCACUGGAGAAUUGUACCAAUGUCAUUUGUGUAGCUACGCUGCAACCUCCAAAUUUCACUUUAAUUGUCACUUGAACACCCACUUCGAUUAUAAAUGCCCAUUUUGUGAUUAUAUUUCUAAGACGGAGGGCAGCCUCAAGUGUCAUGUAAACGAUUUUCACUCAGAAGUCCCCCAGGGUGAUUGGAAUGGGCAGCGAGUCCUCAGAAAGGAAGAAAGCCUUAGUGAUUUAGGUUCAAACAACCCCUCUAGGACACCAUCUGGGAAAGUUCGCCAUUAUCGUUGCAAACAAUGCAACUUCGUUUCUGUAACCAAGACCCUCUUCUGGGAACAUAGUAAAUCACAUAUCAAAACUGAGAAACUUCUUAACUGUCCCAAGUGUCCUUUUGUAACUGAGUACAAGCAUCAUCUGGAAUAUCACCUCCGGAACCACUUUGGUUCCAAACCUUUUAAAUGCUCAAAGUGCAAUUACAGCUGCGUAAACAAGUCCAUGCUGAGCAGCCACAUGAAAUCCCACUCCAACAUCUACCAGUAUAAGUGUGCUGAUUGUUCCUAUGCAACCAAGUAUUGCCACAGUCUUAAGCUUCAUUUGCGGAAAUACAUACACAAACCUGCUACAGUUCUGAAUAUUGAUGGAACUCCGAAUCCUUACCCAGUCAUCGAUGUAUAUGGAACCCGUCGAGGACCAAGAUCAAAGAAACAAAAAUCAGAUGACCAGCAAUAUCCAUCAUCGAGUCAGAGCCCAGUGUUUUCCACUGCUCAUAUGCCUUCUAUAGCACAACCAGCUGUAACUUACCCUUGCAUGUCUCCAGUAAUGCCUUCUUCCUUGGGUCUUCCAUUUAUGUAUCCUCCUCAAGUUAUGACUGGUUCUAAUACUAAUCUGAUUAUCAGUUCACCUUCAUUGCACAAAGCAUUGCCACAUCCCAAUGGGUCAUCCUCAACAUCAACAACCAAAUCAGAAAUUACACGUCCUAGUCCCUCUGAGGCCAGUUCAAGCAAUUGGAAGUGUAACAUGUGUGAUUUCACUACAGAAGUCAAAGACUUGUUUAGCAAACAUACGCUUUUGCACAUAACUACAGAAAACGAAGACCUUUGCAAGUUGUAUGGUAUUACUUCAGAAACCCUUAAGCAAAUACAGGCUCAGCAUAAGAUAAGUGGAAUGCAGAGGGAAGAAGAUAUUAGAAUUGAUAGAGAAGCCCAGAAAGAUGAUCAUAAUCCUAGUUACGAAAAUAAGUUUUCUUCCGAAAUCCACAAGUCAAAUGUGCCUUCUCCUCUCUCUCGGGUAAUUAACAGUCCCACCUCCUCUUCUUCCAUAUUCGCCAAUCAGCAAAAUAGUAUGUUAGUUACUACUCCUCUUCACCAGGCUCAGCUUUCUUCUGGAACAUUCCUCUUUCAAAACGAAUCUUCUGUAGCUAAGCCAGAUAUACACUUUCCUCUGGAUUUGAGCAGUUAUAAUAGUUCUACAAAAUCCCAACAUGCCAACUCUUCCCCAGACAAUUCCAAUUCAACUUCUUAUUCCACUUCACAACCACAGACUGUUUACUCAACUUCCCAAUCUUUCCCGGUACCCGGCUACUUGUCCUGUUUAACUACUUCACGGUCAGCUAUCUCCCAGACUGUUAAUUCACAGCUAGUUUCAUCUCACUCAACUCCACAACAGAUGAGCUCUUUGCAGCCUGCUGUGUUUGAUCCUGCGUCCCGUUCUUCUCCUCAAGAUCAUCCACAAACAACUGCUUCUAACGGGUCUCUUAAUACAACGAAUCUCCCCGCCUCCUCUCAAUUACAGAUCCCAUCUCCUACUCCUCGUAAUCGUAGAAAAGGUAAAGCUGUAAAGUUAGACCGCCUCCAUUUUGCUCUUGAGGAGAAGAACUGUUCUGAACAGGAAAUGGACUUGGACGACGGCACAGAAGAUGACAAAUGUCUGACAGCUUGGAUAUCAAAAGAAUCCAUUUCAAGGAAUCCUUCAGAUAACAUAAACGUGAUCUCAGUACCUACUUACAAACCAUACAAUGGUAAUAAUUCUCCUCCACCACUUCAUCCAAAAAAUCUUAAAUCCAAACAAAUAUCAGAAGGGAAGACGUCCUCUCUAAUAGAACCAGUUCGACCAGUUUCUAAAAUCAGCACUUUAGCAGAAGUGACUGGAAUAAAUAAGCCAAUUCCGCAGUCAAUUUCAGUCAAGCCUUUGGAAAUUGCCAGGGUGAUCAAUCAGCCCAUUCCGUAUCCCCGGCAGAUGUCGUCUUUAUUCUUUGGAUAUAAUGGACUAAAUGCAACGCACAACAGAAAUGUGAUAACCUCGCCUGGUCCCUACUUCAAUUUUCCAUAUCAUAGCUUUGCUAUGACUAGUGGCAUCCCAGAGAGACCCCUUCAAACUCUUCAAUCUUCUGAGCAAAAUGGAAACGAAACAAAGGAAAGACCCAGCUCCAGAAGCGAAGAAGUAAAGUCCAAGUGGCAAGAUGCUUACACUUGUAGCUACUGCGAUAUGGCCUUUCAAGACUGUGUUAUGUACACUGUACACAUGGGUUACCAUGGUUACCAAGACCCCUUUACAUGCAACAUGUGUGGCCAACAGAACAAGGACAAAGUUUCAUUUUUUUUGCACAUUGCUCGGUCUGCUCAUCAGUGA